GCUCAGAAACUAGGCUUUGUGUGAAAUCCCGUCGUAAUUUCCUGCUCAGAAACUGAAAUUUCAUCAUUAAAUAUAUGUUAAUGCUACGUCUUUUGGAUGAGUUUUUUUUACUAAUACUGAGAAGAUUUGUGUUCCUGGUCAAGUAUCAGUUGUCUUAAUGUUUCAGAGGUUUGUAGCUAAGAACAACUUACCUGGAUUGAUUCAGUGAUGACACAGAGAAGGAACGGAUGGCAUAGAGCUAUCCCUGCUCCUUUCAUCACGUCAGCAACUGGAAAUGAUGAUAAUACCACGCUGGCUUAUUCCAAAUUAUGGAGACCAGUGAACAGACUAGCCUGACUGGCAGGAGAUCUUGGAAAAAGAGACUCAAGUCUGCCUUGGACAGCUACAGAGGUUAAAUGCCUCUGGAUCAUGUUGCUGAUGAAAGAGACAGGAAAGUGAGAUUUGGAUAAACUUCGGAUCACCCACUUUACAAGUGUUUUACUCUUGACUGCUCUGUCAAGUGUUGAGGUCAUUUGCCCAAAGACCACUUGCCCGAUGAGUGGAAGAAGGUAUGUCCACUGCAACUGGGGGUACUUGGGUCAUCAGAGUGAUGGUCUGGCAAUCCAUGAGCCUCCUUUGCCAGAGUUGAAAAAUGAAAGUUGCAGGGUUGUAGAAACCCCGUGAAUGAAAUUCACAGUUGCAGCAUAGGGAAUGAAAUUAAAUAUUCAGUCUUUGGUACAGCCUUCAAGUUUGUGGAUCUCUCCAUAAGGACUGUGAAUUUGCACAAUAGACUUUCUUUCCUUAGGUACAUAUAUCCAUGAUCCCUAAGAAGUUCUUGCACCCUAGUAGCUCACAGGUGAGAGUGAAAUCCCUAAAAAUGUCUCUUAGGGAAAACCAAUGCUGCUCAGAAGCCUGGAGUCACCUUUCCAGCUAUGAAGUAACACUUCUCUAUCCAUUAACCCUUAGAGAGGUGUCCACUCCCCUAAGGAUGUAGCUGCAGUCUGAGGUGAGAAGGACAGACCUCUUCCCCCUGAAUGGCAACCUCCAUGUCCCUUAGAAAAGGAGCAAUAUUGAGGAACCUGUCAAGACUUGAUAUGCACAUGGAGGGCAAAAGUUAAAUAAAGUUUACAUAAACAGGAAAAAAGGUUCUUCCAUCCACACAGUAGUCAUUUAUUUGUAUAUGCUGACAGGAUAAAGCUGCUAAACCUCUGUUCUUGCUUCACCAAGGGAAGUUUUUGUAGCAUACCUGUUGUUUUUUGGCUUCCCAGCCCUUAGUCAUGCUUCCACUGGCCUUUUGGACAGGCCUGGAACAGUCUCAUCUCCUCUCAGUCUUGAGCUUGACUCAGCCUGACUUCAGAUCCUGACUCUCAGCCAGGGACAGCUCAGCUUUCACAGCUGGACAUGGCUUCAUGCACUAGUGCCCACACCGCUGGCUGUGCUUUUCCUGUCAGACCAUAAGUAUUUUGUGGUGAAUUCAGGGAAAUUUAUUUUUUUUAAGUGAUGCAGGACUACCUUGUUUGUAGGAGCUUCCUGCUCUGGAGAUCUCACAGCCUGUCUUCUGGAAUUUCAUAUAAACCAGCUAAGCUGUGAAACAUGCAAUUUUUUCCCUGUGGUUGAUCUUCCCAAGCAGCCUCCCACUUCAGUAGUCUAUGCUACUCCAACCCAUCCUUGCCUUUUGCCCCUGCUUAAUUUUUCAAGCAGCCUAUAACAAUUCCCUCCGAACUGCAUGUAGAGAGCAUGUCCCAGACAUCUCAAAUGCUUUGGGAGAGGAUCUCUUAAAGCUGGUGGAGCUGCAUCAUCUCUGCAGGACUCUGGAAGGGCUCUGCAGGACUCUGAUCCAGCCCAGCCUGCAUACAGCCGGCCUCCAGGUUGAGCAAGGACGGGUGGGAGUGUUGCCUUAGCAGAGCCCUGCCUGUUGUACCAUGUCCUCUCUGUUGCACUGCUGGUUGGGUGCAUCUGCCUAUGCCAUGGGUCUUUGUUCUAAGAUGCUCUAGGAUUAUUUCCUGACCAAAUUUUGUAUAUCCUUCAGGGGGCAGUUGUGCAAGGGCACUUGAGAAGAUCCAUUGGCAGUUGUGUGCAGUUUUACACCCAGGUAUAGGGUAACAUCUCUACCCUUUCCCACAGAUGUGUUGGCUAGACAAGGUUUAAAGUAGCAAACAUGGAUUAGGGGUUCUUCCAUGUGAAAGUUUAGGAAGUUUAGCCUAUACCCAGUGCUGGGGAAGUCUGGAUGAAUCUGGAAAGACACCCAAGAAGAUGACUGACCAGCAGAUACAUGAUGCUUGGUAUUGCUUAUUUUGCUUUGUUGCUAUAAUUCUCCUCUGUCCGUUUAUUUCAGCCUCACUGAUCACUACAUGAUGAUUUUAUGAUCAUGUCUGAGGCAGGAAUUGUCUCAGAUAUCCACGUCUCCACAAGGACCAAACAUACUGGGAUCCUAAUCAGAGAACAAGUCUUUGGUGGUACUCAGAAUUAAUAAUAUGGACUUCUGUUUUAAGAGAAGUGAUCAGGAGAGCAGGCGGACUUUUUAGCUCUGUUCUCCGCCACUGGGGCAUGCUCUGCUGCUAAUUUAAUUAUUACAAAAACUAUGACAUUUAACAAAUUGAAUUGCGUGUUCCAGUUUUUUCAGUCCCUAUUUGACAUAGGUGUCUGGCCUGCACAAAUAAGCAUAAAGCUAGCAGGUGCCUCUGCAUAGAUCCUUAUUGCUUCUUGUAAAUUUGCACCUGUCAUGAACUGAAAUGAUGAGGAUCUUGCAGAUAGAUUGCAAGACCAUUUCACAACUAUAUCAUAACUAACUGUUCUCUGGGAUAAACAGGAAUCCUGUGGAAAUCGUUCUGGAUUACGACAUUACAGUUUUCUGGGGAUCAGCUCUCACACUUUCUUGCAACACUGUACUUUUGUAAUGGUAGAUAAUCCAGCAGUGCUAUUACAGCUGGGGACCCUGUGGCCACUCUCAUGACACCAAAUGGUUGGUCUGAGCCAAAACUCUAUCAGAAGGUUGAAUAUUUGUGUCCCUAUUUCUUGAAUGUAUCAGCAGAAGUCAACAGUCUUACCCAUCCUGUGCAACAACGGUAGUGCAUGACAGAAACAUUUUCCUACAGAACUGAGAGACUGCUUAGACAGAGCCCUGCCUGUCAUUUCUCUCCUCUUUGCUCUUAAACUUUGGCUAAUUAACUGUAUCUAUCUUACUUUUAGUACCAUGCUCCUCUGCAAUUUAUCUCCAAGCAUUUUGCAAAGGCUUUUUGUUCUCAUUUCAAGAGAUGGGUCAGCCAAAAGCCAGUGGAAUACUAUGAUAACGACAAAGCAAGGAGCAAUACCUAGACCCUGGGAAAUGACUGGUGGCUUUCCUACAAAUUUAUUGUGAUUUUAGCCACAUCUUAUAAAUUUUAUUAACAUCUCUCUGGAACAUGGUGUGUGGUCUGCUAAUAACCUUAGGAAUUCUCCACCUUCUUACCAGUGUACAAAGAUCAACUUUGUCCCUUCUGACUAGUACCCAAGCUACUGAAGUGAAGCACAUGUAUGAUCUUAAUAGAUUGGGGUCCCCUGCUGUUAAAAUACACACAGUUCUUUUACAGUCAGCAUAAUAAGUUUUUCCUCCCAUUUUCCAGAAUGAUAAAAGGGGAAAAUAUAUUGCUGUUUGUGGUUUUGGUGUUGUACAGCCCACAAUUACUGGGUCUCUCCUCUAGUGCCCAUGCAGGGCAGACCCUCAUGCAUUUAAAUAAUUGAUUUGUAUGCAGCUAAUAAGUAGCAUGAUAGAUAUGGAUGUAAAAGCCAGAUGGCUUUGAGUAAGAUGGUGCUCUAAAGGGCACAAUUCAACAUUUUAUUCUCCAGUAGCAAUACCACAUCCUGUUUACAGAUUAUCUGUGUUUAUCUGGCCAGACACAGAUGCUAUAAAUCAUUUGCUCCAAAUGGAGUCAGGGCAGGAAUUUUACUUAUCCCCUAGUGGUGUUUGUUUUGUGAGCUUUGGCUUUUAGAGUAUGGUUAAAAGAAAACCAAAAGGACAGUAGUUCUCUGGGGUUUUUAAAACUGCUUAUUUAAAUUUGCAUUUAAAUGUAAUCCCCUCUUUUUAGUGCUGCCUGUUUGUGAUCUUAAAUGUGUUAGACAUAUUGAAAAAUAAAGUUAAUAUAGCAUAUUAAUUAUUUUAUUCCUAUAAAGGCAAUGUUAUUUCAUUGGUCUUGAAGCAGAUAACAAGUGUAGACUGUGACAGACCGGGACUAGAGAGAGAAUUUGCAUCAUCUGAACUGUUAUCUAAUCAGAGAUUCCCCUCACCCACAAACCUGAAUGAAAAAAAUGUAAGGCAUACAUAAGAUGUUAAUUAUAUUACUUUGUGCCCUGGAAGGUACUCAGUCUCUUGGGAGGUUUACCUGGCAGAUGUGUUAGUUGAGUCACUAGAAGCUGCCGAGGGGAAGAACCACAACUGUGAAAGACCUGAGACACCCUUAAGAAUUGAGAAUCUGACUAAUUUAAACAGAUGGCUAAUCCCAGUGCAGUCUGCAAUGGACAUCUACAUCAUCAUCAUCAUCAGAAACAGAAUAACCUUUUAAAAAGUGGAGUCUGUAAGAAAAAUGGAAUUACCAAAGGAAUGAAGAAGAAUGGUGUAUCAAAUGGAACUCUCUACAAAAAAACAUUUAUUGAGCACUUUGAACAGGCACCAAUGUAUGUUGCAGUUCUUACUUUCGUGGGUUUUGGAGUGGGCACAAUAUUUGGCUACCUGCGGGAUUUUAUGAGAGCCUGGGGACUAGAAAAACGUAACAUUGCUGAAGAGAGAGAACAACAAAAAGAUUUUGUGCCACUUUAUCAAGAUUUUGAGAACUUUUACACCAGAAACCUCUAUAUGAGAAUACGUGAUAACUGGAAUCGUCCAAUUUGCAGUGUCCCAGGGCCGCAGUUUGACCUCAUGGAACGUGUUACAGAUGAUUACAACUGGACAUUUAGGUUUACAGGAAGAACUAUCAAGAAUGUAAUCAAUAUGGGUUCUUAUAACUACCUCGGCUUUGCAGAAACAGAACCUAAUGCUUUGAAAACCGUAACCAAAGAGUUACAAAAGUAUGGAACAGGAAUCUGCAGUACCAGACAAGAAAUGGGUACCUUAGACAAGCAUGUAGAACUAGAGAAGCUUGUGGCCAAGUUCCUUGGUGUAGAUGAUGCUAUGGUGUUUGGCAUGGGAUUUGCAACAAAUUCAAUGAAUAUUCCGGCCCUUGUUGGGAAGGGCUGCCUCAUUUUAAGUGAUGAGUUGAACCACACUUCCCUCGUUCUUGGUGCAAGGCUUUCAGGUGCUACUAUUAGAAUCUUCAAGCAUAAUAAUAUGCAGAGUCUCGAGAAGUUACUAAGAGAUGCAAUAAUAUAUGGCCAGCCUCGAAGCCGCAGAGCAUGGAGAAAAAUUAUCAUCCUCGUGGAGGGCAUUUACAGCAUGGAAGGGUCCAUUGUGCGCCUGCCAGAGAUAGUCUCCUUGAAGAAGAAAUACAAAGCCUACCUCUACUUGGAUGAAGCUCACAGCAUCGGUGCAGUGGGAGCAACAGGACGAGGAGUUGUGGAGUACUUCGGUAUGAGUCCUGAUGAUGUUGACGUAUUAAUGGGAACGUUCACAAAGAGCUUUGGUGCAGCUGGAGGAUACAUAGCUGGCAAAAAGGACCUUGUGGACUUUUUACGAACUCAUUCUCACAGUGCUGUGUACGCCACAUCUAUGUGUCCACCUGUGGCAGAGCAAAUCAUCAGGGCAAUGAAAUGUCUCAUGGGACUAGACGGAACAACACAAGGGCUCCAAAGAGUGCGCCAGCUAGGGAAAAACACAAGAUACUUCAGAAGAAGACUGCACGAAAUGGGCUUCAUCAUUUAUGGCAAUGAUGAUUCUCCUGUUGUCCCCUUACUCCUUUAUAUGCCUGGUAAGAUAGGGGCCUUUGCAAGACGCAUGUUAGAAAAAAAUAUCGGGGUGGUUGUGGUUGGGUUUCCAGCUACUCCUAUCACAGAAUCCAGGGCUCGGUUUUGUGUGUCAGCUGCACAUACACGGGAGAUGUUAGACACGGUUUUGAAUGCGCUGGAUGAAUUGGGUGAUUUUCUACAACUGAAAUAUUCCCGCUAUUCCAAGUCAUCUCAUCCUGAACUGUAUGAAGAAACUAGGUUUGAACUUGAAGAAUGAGUUUCCCACCCAUGAAGAGAACAUUAUGAUGCUAUGAAAAGGGGGGAAAACCCCGAAACUAAAAAAUACAAAUGCAUUUCUUCCCUUCUAAGGACAAUUUUUGUUUCUCAGUUAAUUGAAAGGAGGGGAAGCUUUGUUGUUGCAUUUUAUUGUAUCAAAUUUCUGUAUUCAAGAGACUGAACUACUGAUACAGAUUUGCCUCCCCAGGAGAUCUGUCCUUCUUACGGUAUUUUUGAUGCAGAAUUAAUGCAUCCGUUGAUCAAGUUGCUAGUGUACAGCUUUUGUUAUGGCCCCUUUUUAUGAAGAGGCUUCAGAUAGUCGUAAUUGUGACUGAAAUAAUAAAGUUUAAAAACUGAAUGGAUUCCAGUGUAGUAUGAUGAUGUAACUGAACUUCUUCAGUGAAAUUGAAUUCUGUCUGUUGAAGAGCAUAAAUCAAGCCAUCGCUAUGGAUUGCUACAGAGGAAGGAGCAGAAAGUGACCCCUUAACUAAUCUGUCCUAUCAUGCCUUUCUCCGAGGACAGAAAAUGUUAGAAGAAGGCAAACGCUGAUAACAAGAAAAGUAGUUUCAUCAGUUGUUUCUGACAGCAGAUUAUGGGAAAGGGAAAUGUCUCCUUCCUUCCACAGACUCUUUCUCUGCCUCUUAAAUACACUGUAAGCUUUAUAAUGUACAAAAUCUGGGGCUUAGAAAUAAACAGAAAUGCUUUUCUUCUAACGCAUUUGACCUACAGCCUUCCACAUCUUAUCACAAUGAAAGUUCUUCAGCAGGCGUACUCCCUUUUCACAUAGCAGUAGUAAAUAAUUUUAAUAACCAUUUAACUUUCCUGUAAAAACCUUGAUCAAAACAGUCAGAUACUUGCAGGUCACAAACUGCAGAUGACAUUUAUGGGCCCAUUCCUAAGUUUCUUGAACUACUUACGGGCUUAAUAAAUUCACUAGCAAGUACAUAAUGCUGAAGCUGAUAGUUACACAGAAUGUGAAGUUCAGGAUGCCAUAAGCAGUUCUGCCACCUGUUAAACUGAGAAUUCCACAAUUUUUAAAUGUGCUAAGGUCAUCCACUUAAUAACAUUUCUUGCAAUAUUCUUGUCCGGUUUGUGCAUGUCAGGGGUUGUUUCACUUGUCUGGUUGCAGACUUUUUGAAUAGUUUAUUUUUCAAAUAAUUGAUUAUGUCAUCUCAGGGGAAGAUGUCCUUGUUCUCUUUUCCACUGCUCGAGUGACAAAUGCUCAAAGACACUUGAAGGAAAUGUUACAGCCUGCAGUUUCUCUGCAAUGCCUGCAGCAGCAUAAUCAUCAGCCUUAUGUGAGUUGUUUGAAGGAGAUUGGAGGCUUUUUCCCUUUUUUUUGCUGUGUUGAAAAGCAGCUCUGCAGCUUUAAGAAUGAACUCCAAACCAUUCCAUGCUAUCAAAUGUCAUUGUAAACACAUCAGAUGAGAGAUGUUUAGCUUUCUGUUGCACAGAUGUACCACACUUUCAUGUUCUCUUGAAAGCUAUGGUGUAAACUUAACCUACAGCUGCAAUAUUAGAUUUAAGAACAGAACAAUUAAAUUGCGGAGUACCAAUUACACUAUAUUGCUCCCUGCUUGUUAAAGCUGCUUUCAGGAUAUAACAAGGCUGAUUGGUUAUGAGGGCCCAUUUUUUGUUGGAUUUUUGUUGUUGUUGUGCAAGUUAAUAAAAAGCCAGUGGUGCUAUAACUUUAAGAAUUGAUUACAACACAUUCCAUAAUAUCAAAUGUCAGCUUUAGGAAACAUAUAUCAAGGUCUGGGGGAGGACUAAGUGGUGUCAUAUGAUUCUUCACUCUGGUAGAUGGACUUGAAAAACAUUGUAGAGGUUCAAGGGAGCAGUGUUUGUGGAUAAGAGCAAAUUUGCUGUAUAAAUAUUACAAUACUGAGACACGGGACAGAGAGAAAUCAGGAAAGGUGAACUUUGUCUUUGAGUAACCUGGCAACUUGUGAUUUACAGCUUUGUUACAUGCAGGGUGAGUGCACUGACUGUGAGGUAGAUGGGUUGAGAUAUUUCUGCAACCUGUUCCUUGAGAAAAAGUACUGAACGUGAUAUAUUGCGUUUUGAUCUCUAUUGCUGAACAUCUGCGGCCAGAUCCUCAGUUGACUUCUGACCUUCCAUCUUUGGGUAUAUGGCCAUAGUUUAUAUUUCAGCAAACGUUAUUACACAUGCUGUUGCAGGCAACAUGUUAUUUUCCGCAAAGAGAGGCCUGAGAUUGAUUAAGCUACAGAGUGAUCACUUUUUGUCCCCCUAUAGGGGAAUGUUUUCUGUCUAAAGCCGAAUUCCUCCUGCCCUCAGAACAUUACUCUCUCUCAUAUUAAGGAAACAGGACAGCUAUUUUUCAGUCUGUCAGUUGAUUUAUUAUAUGCUCUCUUCUGAUUUCUUCCAUCCUUUACACAUUAGAGAAAGUACAGGCUGACUGUCCCUGAGCGUGGGCAACAUUUGGGGAGAAAUCCCUGCUCCACUGGUACAAUAAUAAAACUCCCAGGAACUCCAGACUCUUAGAUUUUCCCCAUGAAGCUUAGCUAUGGCCUGGCACUGGCUUUUCCACAAGUGCAAUUUCAGUGGAGUUUUUCCAGAUUUACAUCAAUUUUAAUAGAUUUAGAGAUCAGCACAAGAGACCCAAUUUUAGCUAGCUUAGG